AUGAGUACAUUUGGAACAAUUUUUCGCGUUACCACUUAUGGAGAAUCUCAUGGUAAAUCCGUGGGUUGUAUUGUAGACGGUUGUCCGCCUGGAUUACCUCUGGUUGAAGCAGACAUACAAACACAACUUAGUAGAAGAAGGCCAGGUCAAAGCAACUUGACAACUCCAAGGGAUGAAAAAGAUUUGGUGGCGAUACAAUCGGGUACAGAAUUUGGUAUAACUUUAGGUACCCCAAUUGGAUUAUUAGUUCCAAAUCAGGAUCAAAGACCUCAUGAUUACUCAGAGACUGAUUUGUAUCCAAGGCCAAGUCAUGCUGACUGGACGUAUUUAGAAAAAUAUGGUGUCAAAGCAAGUAGUGGAGGAGGUAGAGCGUCCGCUCGAGAAACAAUAGGAAGAGUGGCUUCUGGUGCUAUCGCUGAAAAAUAUUUAAAACUUGCUCAUGGAGUUGAGAUCGUUGCAUUUGUGUCUUCCGUUUCAAAUAUAGCAAUGUCGUUCAUACAUGAACAAGAUGAAAGGUUGUUUCCCAUAGAUUUUUGGGAUUUUCUAAAUACAGUAAGCCGAGAAGAAAUCGACAAGGAUGAUAUUCGAUGUCCCGAUAAAGUUAUAACUGAUCAAAUGAAAGAGCGUAUCCUUGAGGCUAAAGCUUCUAAUGAUUCUGUUGGUGGGACCGUUACAUGCGUUAUUCGUAAUGUGCCCACCGGACUAGGUGAACCGUGUUUCGAUAAAUUAGAAGCAAAACUUGCGCAUGCAAUGCUUUCCAUUCCAGCUACAAAAGGUUUUGAAAUUGGAAGUGGAUUCAAGGGUACCGUAUUAUUAGGUCAUCAACACAACGAUCCUUGGAUAAAAACAGAAAGUGGUAGAUUAGGGACUAAAACCAAUAAUUCCGGUGGUAUUCAGGGUGGCAUUACGAAUGGUGAAAAUAUUUAUUUCAGAGUUGCAUUUAAACCACCUGCUACUAUUUCUCAAGAACAAAAAACUGCUAAUUAUGAUGGUGUUGAUGGUGUACUUGCGGCUCGAGGUCGUCAUGAUCCAUGUGUAGUUCCACGCGCUGUGCCAAUCGUUGAAGCAAUGGCGGCAUUAGUUAUUAUGGAUGCUCUUAUGAUUCAACAAUCCCGCAAAACAGCAGCAUCCCUAUUACCACUAAAUUCUAAGAUUCCACCUUUAAUGUUAGGUGCAAUACCAAAAACGCAACAAAAUCAAUAA